AUGACUUUCGAUUCAACGACUACAUGUAAAGUCUGCUCAUGUCUAAAUAAUCGCGAUCACAACGGAAAUCUACGACAGGAAUGGGUUUUGGAGCUAGAUACGAAAUUAAUCCCAAAUUAUUGCCUCGAGUUUCAGUCUGGCUCUGUACGAAGUGCGGCAAGAUCAGGUUGUCCUUAUUGUUCAAUAAUUCUCCGAGGUCUGCGCAUCGGAAGCUCGAAAAUGCAGAUAUUCGACGAUUCACGACCUUACAAUGGCCGUUUUGUAAUUCGCAAUGACUGCUCCUUACGGGUCGAGCUUCAGGCCUACUAUAACAGAGAAUCUCGUAUGGUACCUAAACUACUACACUGGGGAUUAAAGAACUUCGGAAUUCAGACCAGCGGCCCUAAAGUUGAUGGAGUUGUAGACUUGGAAUUUUAUUCGAAAUCUAUUCAAGAAAAUACGAUGCAUGUAAAGUCUGCACUAGUAUCAGCAUUUGGAAUUGCUCGGGAUAUUUCCACUUUCAAUUCCAUUCAAAGAAGCGCAUCAAUCAUGCGCGAAUGGAUCGCCAAUUGCGACAGUCAACACACAAAAUGCGCAUCGCGAGCUAACUAUAACGCCUUCCCAACACGUGUACUUGAUGUCUGUCAACUGAGAAGAGAGUCGGCGAUAGUUGUCUUGGUUGAGAAGACAGACGCGUCAUUUAAUAGUCCCCAAAAUAUUGGUUUCAAGAAGCGCUAUGCAACUCUCAGCCAUUGCUGGGGAGAUUACCAGCCUUUACAAACCAAAAGGGAAUCUUUCAGGCAACAUAGAAAGGGAAUUGCAUGGAAAACUUUGCCAUUAACGUUUAGAGACGCUAUUUCGAUUGUGAGAGCACUUGGCAUUCGGCAUAUUUGGAUUGACAGUCUAUGCAUCGUUCAGGAUGACCAGGACGAUUGGGAGAAGGAGGCUGCCCGUAUGGCUAUUGUGUACUCAAAUAGUUACCUAAACUUGGCGGCUACUGCUGGUCUCUGGCAGUCUGAUAUUGCUAGAGGUCUUCUCUGGUCCUUAAGGGGGGUUUACCAGUCAAGUAGCUAUAACAAAAAUGAGCAAGAUACGUCACAAGACAAAACCACAUUUGCAUGUAGUUGGUCAUGGGCUUCGGCACUUUUCAAGGAUGGCGGAAUCAUAACCUUUCCUGCUACUCAGGAUAGUACUUUCAAACCACACGAAUGCUUCUCUUAUAUCGGUACAAACUUACCAACAACAGCCGCAGAAAUUCUUAACUUCCCGGAAAUGGAUAUCCCCACAAUAAGAAUCCAAGGCUUGGGAGUGGCUGGCGAAAUUGCGAAGAAACUUGGUGACGAACGAGGAGUAACUCUGAAUUUUGGAAACCAUUCAGCGAAAGCUUCAUCUCCCGAAACAAUAAUAAGUCUCGACUUCUACAAUAACCUCCACAAUGACCAUGCAACCAAUGAAUCUACCAAAGUACUUUGUAUAGUUGUCGGUACUAUGCGUUUGAGAGAUCCAACGGCGAAGCUAAAAACGGCUUCUUGGAUUUGCACUCUUCUGUGCAAACUCUCAAGUCGUAGACCAGAAUAUUACGAGCGAGUUGGCGUCUUUGAUAUUCGCGAGGAUACUGGUGUCUUCCAAGACGCAGAUAAAAUGACCAUUGAUCUGAUUUGA